AUAUACACACACAGAGAGAGUCUCGCAGGCUGAGCGUUACAAACUGACAGUAUGGAUCAAGAGCUGGAGAUAGAGCGUGUUGAUUUGCAGUGCACUGUGAACAAUGGUGAACACCACACAGAGCUGAAUGGAGUGGACCGAUUGAUCGUGAGGAGAGGUCAACCCUUUACCAUCACCCUGCACUUACGAGCUGGCUCACACUUUCAACAUGGAAGCAACAUUAACCUCAUCACCACUACAGGUCCAGGUCCCUCUGAACUUGCAAACACUGCUGUAAAAUUUGGACUCAGUAAAUUUAUAUCCAAAUUCCGCUGGAGUGCUUCAGCAACGGUAGCAUCUGAGAGCAGCGUAUCGCUCACCAUUGGCUCUCGUCCUGAUGCCCCUAUAGGGCUGUAUCAACUUGCCCUUGAGCAGGUCAACAAGGAAGUAAAGAAAGUCAGCUUGGGCCAGUUUGUGCUGCUCUUUAACCCCUGGUGCAAGAGAGAUUCUGUGUAUAUGGCAAGUGAGGCUGGGAGGCAGGAGUAUGUCCUGUCUCAGGAUGGACUGAUCUACCGAGGAAAGCCAAAACACAUCACUAUACUUCCAUGGACCUUUGGACAGUUCGAGCCUGGUAUAUUGGACAUCUGUCUGAGAGUUUUGGAUGAAAACCCAAAGCAUCUGGAAGACCCAGUGAAGGACUGUUCAGACAGGAGAAGCCCUGUCUAUGUGGCCCGAGUCAUCAGUGCCAUGAUAAACAGCAAUGAUGAUAAUGGUGUUCUGGUGGGGAACUGGUCAGGAGAUUAUGAAGACGGAGUCAAACCCACUACAUGGAAGGACAGUGGUGCUAUUUUACGCCAGUGGAACCAACAGAACUGCACAGGCGUGCAAUACGGUCAAUGCUGGGUUUUCGCUGCUGUGGCAUGCUCAGUUUCCCGGGCACUGGGUAUUCCCUGCCGAGUGGUCACCAACUACGAGUCAGCUCACGACACAAACAGCAGCUUGCUCAUUGAACGCUAUUACAACGAGAUUGAUGAGGAUAUAAGUGAUGACUCCAUAUGGAACUUCCAUGUAUGGUUGGAGAGUUGGAUGACCCGUCCUGACCUUAGGCUUGGCUAUGAGGGUUGGCAGGCCAGUGAUCCCACGCCACAGCAAACAAGUGACGGGGUGUAUUUCUGUGGUCCGGUCCCUGUAAGAGCAGUGAAGGAAGGGGACCUGAGCGCAAAGUAUGAUGCUGCAUUUGUUUACGCCGAGGUGAAUGCAGAUGUGGUGGAAUACAUCAGUCUGAGUGAUGACCAAGUGGUAAAAGUAGGAGGAUCAGCCACUCAAGUGGGCCAGUGCAUCAGCACCAAAUCAGUGGGCAAAGAUGAGAGAGAGGACAUCACACACCACUACAAAUACCCUGAAGGUUCCGAAGAGGAGAGACAGGUGUUUGAGAAGGCCAACCACAUGAACCGACUAAUCCAAAAUGAGGAAGUGCCUGGCCUUCAUGUCAAGAUCAAACUGGGCCCUAAUAUGAUGGUGGGAUCAGACUUUGACGUCUAUGCACAGGUCCUAAACAACACAGACACCCCAAAGAACUGCCGUCUAAUGUUUUACGCCCAGGCUGUGUCAUAUAAUGGCAAACUCGGGGAGACAUGUGGCCUGACAGAGCUCAGCGAGGUUAACCUGGCCCCAGCAGAGGAAAGUAAAGCAACACUUUGCCUAAAAUAUUCAGAGUACCGAAGAGCCAUAACUCAAGACAGGAUGAUCAAACUGGUAGCUCUUCUUAUCGACCUGGAGACCAAGGAGUUACAGAGAGCAGCAAAGACCAUAGUACUGGAAACCCCUUCCAUUAUCAUCUUGGUUCUCACAGAUCCUAAAUUAGGUCAGCCUGUUAUCGUUAAUGUGAUUCUACAGAAUCCUCUGCCUGAAUCUCUGGAAAACUGCGUCUUUUCUUUACACGGGGCCAACCUGACGGACGGCACGGCCAUCAUUAAAGAUGUUGGUACAGUUGACCCUGAGGACCUCGCUACGGCCGAGCUCGAGUUUACACCCACGGCUCCAGGAAAACGGAAACUAGUGAUAAACUUCUCAUCUGAUAAACUGAGCAACGUGCACGGAUACGUUAAUAUAACCAUCGAAGAAUAAACGCUUUUGUUUGUCGCCGACCAAACUGAUUUCUAUUCACUCGGUUCGACAGGCAGACAAGUUUACACUUUGCAGUUUCUUGGUAACAUGAAAAGCUACGUUAGUUUUGUCCUAUUUACAUCAAGAGACAUUGGUGAGGGAAGGAUUGUUUUAUAGUGACUACAAGUGAUCGUUACAUUGCAGUCACAUGUGAGUAACUCGAGUGGUCGAAUUCAGCAGGUGAUUUAUGUGUCUUUUCACUCAAAAUGAACUCCUAUUUACUAGGUUAGGAAGAAAUGCAAAACAAUGACAAUGAAAGUUUUUCUUUUUAAACUGUACCACUGCAUCGGCUAUGGGAACGUUACAGAAGGUGCUAUACCUUUAAAUAUCACUGACUGCACCUUUAAACUUUCCUUCUUUCUCCUAAACCCUGAGUCCAGCUUCAGAGGACACCUUUAAGCACAAAAUGGAUGGAUUGAAGAUGGAAAGAAGUAUCAGUUGUAAGAUUUGUAACUAAAGAGAAACAUUUGUGAAAGUUUCUGAGAUUUAAAUGCAAGAAAACAGAUCAGAGUUUGUGAAA